AUGCCCAUGGUCCAGACAAACCAGUCGAAUGUCUCCGUGUUCCUGCUCCUGGGGCUCUCGUGGCAGCCUGAGCAGCAGCAGCUCCUCUUCGUGCUCUUCCUGAGCAUGUACCUGGCCACGGUCCUGGGCAACCUACUCAUCAUCCUGGCCAUCAGCACAGACUCCCGCCUGCACACCCCCAUGUACUUCUUUCUCAGCAACCUGUCCUUUGUGGAUGUCUGCUUCUCCUCCACUGCUGUCCCCAAGAUGCUGGUCAAUCACGUCCUGGGUAGUCAGACCAUCUCUUUCUCUGGGUGUUUCACACAGCUGUAUUUUCUUAUUGUCUUUGCCUACAUGGACAAUUUCCUCCUGGCUGUGAUGGCCUAUGAUCGCCAUGUUGCCGUGUGCCACCCCUUACACUACACAGGAAAGAUGACCCCUCAGCUCUGUGCCCUGCUGGUCACUUUGUCUUGGGUUAUUGCCAAUCUGCAUGCUCUGUUGCACACCUUACUGAUGGCUCAACUCUCAUUCUGUGCAGACAAAACAAUCCCUCACUUCUUCUGUGAUGUGGUUCCUCUGCGGAAACUCUCCUGUUCGGACACACACCUCAAUGACAUGAUGAUUCUUAUCGUAGCAGGGCUGUUAAUGAUCGCUCCUUUUAUUUGCAUCCUCGUCUCAUACAUUCUUAUUGCUUGUGCAAUUCUGAAGGUCCCAUCCACAAAGGGAAAAUGGAAAGCCUUCUCCACCUGUGGCUCCCACCUGGCUGUGGUGUCCCUUUUCUAUGGCACUAUCAUUGCUGUGUAUUUCAACCCUGCAUCUUCCCACUCAGCAACGACUGAUACCCCAGCAACUGUGUUGUACACAGUGGUCACCCCCAUGCUGAACCCUUUCAUCUACAGCCUAAGGAACAAGGAUCUGAAAGGGGCUCUCAGAAAACUAGAUCUGUAA